AUGAAAAGAGACUUGGAGUCCCAUGAAAUAUUUGAUAAAGUCCGAGAAAUGUCAUCAAAGGACCAUAGUGAGUCUGAUGCAUUUGUAUGCUGCAUAUUAGCCCAUGGCUCAGAGAAUGCUGUGUAUGGAAUAGAUCGGAAGGAGAUACAAAUUCGUGAUGUUAUCAACCUAUUCAAGGGCACUCAUUGCAAAAGUUUGGCUGGAAAACCCAAGCUGUUUUUUGUUCAAGCUUGUCAGGGUGAUGAUGAUCAUAUUAUGGUGCGAAGUCAGCGGGACUAUGUAGCUGAUGGGAUUAAAUAUGUUCCUAACGAAGCUGAUAUGUUGUUAGCUCUCUCAACAAUGCCCGGCUAUUACUCAUAUAGGAAUGAGAUCCUCGGUAGCUGGUUUAUCCAAUCGUUUGCCAAACACUUCGCUGAAAACUACAAAAAUACACACCUUUUGGACAUCCUUACUUUGGUAUCGUGUGACGUAUCAGAACGAGGUCAAAUGCCACUUGUAAUCAGUACCUUGCGCAAACAUCUGUACUUUUGAAUUGAAAAAUGUGACUGAUUUUUAAAUGAUGUCUUCCAAGAAAGAAAAAAAAAACAUUUAUUCAAAUGUAUUUUAUUUAUACCCAUCUUCUACAAUUUAAGCUUUCCUGUAAGCACUACUUCCUUGGGACGUGAUUAAUAAGGAAAUAUAACUUUUGUUAACAGAUUUUAAUUU